AUGCGAUUGCCCCUCAUUUUCGUCUACGAUCUCGUAUGUAUCCCGCUGUUUCACCUCAAGCAAGCCAUUCUCAGCCUUGCUACCGUUUUCCGGUUCUCUUCUCCGCCCGGGAGAAGAUACGAAGAGCUACGACGGAGGAACGACGGUACAGCGGAGGACGAGGUCAUGUGCUCCAUCUGUUUGACGGAAUUCGCGAGACAAGAUUCCGUGUACGAACUUCCCGAUUGUGCGCACGUCUUCCAUAUCAAUUGCAUCGAGAAGUGGAUGGAGAGGAACAACUUCACCUGCCCGCUCUGUAGGUGCUUCUUCAACAUCGAGAAUCGCCCUGAGAAACUCCGCUUUGUCAUUCCAGAUAAUCCUUCUUGCCUCUAUUAUUUCUUGCAGUGA